AUGUCCCUUUUUAGGUGCACUGUACGCCGACUAUGUGGUAGCACUGGCCCUUUCUUGGUAAACUCUGUUGCGUCAUCUUCGCGCAUGCCACCGCACAACUUGAAGCUUAGCCAUGUCCUCGGAACGCGCCAGUUUUCACUCUUUGGUGUAUCGAUGAAUCACUCGAAACUCCUGGUACAAUGCACGCUGUCUUCGCCAUUUUACAAGCGUGAUGGUAGGAGCAGAGCAGUUCGUAGGCGCGGGAAAGUGAACGUGCUUGGAUCUAUUGAAUUUGAAUGCGAGCUUAGCAACAUCUGCCGUGGCUUCCCGCUUGUCUUGGGUCUUUCUUGUGCCACACGCGGUGGGCUCUUGGUUAUCAAUGGUGCAAUCUUUUCACCGGUGGGUACCUCGGUGCUGGAGGGGCCGGAACUCGCAUCUAGGCAAUUUACUUACCAGGGUCCGCACAUGAACCAGUCGCAUUUGGCAGAGGUUGCUAUUGGACGCAGGCUUUAUCGUUCACCAUUAGAUGACAUUGCACAUAUUGAGGCGGCUUUUUUUAGCACAACAGAUUGCUUUGGCAGCUCUUCUAGAACCUGGUUCGGUCACACACCAGUUCACACUGUAAAACCUGAACUUGUCGAUAGUAUUGCCAAUCUUGUUGGCGCAUUUGGGAUAGAUGACACACUCGCUGAAUAUGUCGAAUGGAAGGCACGUGCUGUAGACAAAGCGGAGCGAGACGCGUGGAUUAACAUAUCCAAUAUCCUGUUACCAAAUCUAGAGAAACUCUAG